CUCACAAGAGGAAGAGGAGCAGCCUGGAAUCCCAAACCACUCUCUCUGCUUUCCAGCAAUGGAUCCAAAGAUGCUAUAUUAGGUAAAAGAAGAAACAAUGAAAGCCUUUUUAAAAAGUUCAGAUGGUGUUUUCACGCUGAGGUCAAAAGUAACUACUAUAGGAAGACAUGAAGAUUCAGAUGUUGUUCUAAAGUCUGUAGGUAUUGAAGAUCAUCAUGCAGUCAUUGAAUUUAAUGAUUCAGAAAACAGUUUUGUUCUUCAAGAUUUCAACUCUCUUCACGGCUCUUUCGUUAAUGAUUGCCAUAUACAGAAUGCAGCUGUGAAAGUGGGUGCAGGGGAUAUUCUGCGCUUCGGUUCAGGAGGAACAUCCUAUGAGCUAGUGAUAGAAAACGCUCCUCAGAUGUCUUGCCCACCCAUGAAACGUCGCACAGCAUGGCCUGGGCAGCUCCAGUUUAUUUCAGAGACAGAACUUUAUACCACUUCAACAGCUCCGUCUCAACUUCCUUUCCUCCAGUCUCAGCACCCAACCAGUGUUCCCAACAGUUGGAUACCUGGAACAAAUGGAACCACACCCCAUCCACCAAACAGAAGACGACCUGUGAGUGCUUGGGGGAGAAGUAUGGCGACUUCUUUCUCUCCAGAUACGUUCAAUAGGCCUAUUGCAGCAAGACAAGUACCAGGAAAUGGACAAUCUGGAGCAAGUGGAGUUCCAUUAUCAGGAAUUCAUCAUAUGGAUAAACUUCUUCAGGAAAAGGAUGAAAUCAUUCUAAAAAUGGAAGAUGAAAUCCGUCAUUUUUUGGGUUUGGAAAGUGAGUCAAAACAUAAAGAUACAGUAAUAGCCAGUCUUCAGGAUGAAAUUGCAGUGAUGACAAAGAAGAUGGCUCAGGCUACUGCUAGGAAUGAUGUUGAGUUUACUCAAAAACUACAGACCUUUGAACGAGAUAUUGAAGCAAAGACAGAAGAGAUUAAAGCCUUGAAAGAGCAGAUCAGCAAUCUGCAGAGGGAUUCAAGCCAAGUCUUGUGCCAUUCCCUCUCUGAAAGAGACCUAGAAAUUGCAAACUUGAAAAAAGAGUGUGAGAAAUUGAAGAGGAACCAAGCUCUAACUACAGGACUGGUGACCAGUUUGCAAAGAGACAUUUCAGCAAAGGAGCAGAGAAUACUACAACUAAAACUGAAUGCAGAUAAACUGAAGAAGGAAAACAGGGAGAAAGAUAAUCAGCUUGCUGUCGUUUCUGCCAAGUGUUCUAGAAUUAAAGAGGAAAUGAAGCAUGAAUUCAGAGAGAAAGAAGUAAUUACAUACCAAAAUCACAUUGGAGAGCUGGAGCUGCAAGUGAAGGGACUGCAAGAAGAAAUUCAGAAAAACUGCGCUGAACAGGAAAUUAUAACAAGUAAACUUGCAGAAAAAACAAAGGCUGAAGAGGAAUUGAAAAAGGAGUGUGAAAGGAAAUGUCUGCAAUUACAAGAGAUGGGGCGCAGAGAAGGCCUCAUUAAAGCUGACUUGGAACAGGCAAAAGCUCAGCUGGACUGUUUCAAAAGGCAAAUGAUUGAAAUCCUCUAUUCACAAGAAGCAGAAAUUCCAGAGACUGUAACAGAUCAACAGGUUAGUUCAGGUGACAGCAAACACAAUUUCUUGAUGCUGUUACAUUUUGGGCUACAUUUGCAGCCCUAUUCCGAAAUAGGCUGCAAGCGUAGAUAUACCCUCUGUCAAUUAUUUUACACUGAAUUAAGAAUUGUUAUGGAAAAUGGAGGCUUAUGUUUACCUGAAAAGUCAUUCUUUUCAAGUGAAAAUGGGUGUGUCUUCCAUUUCUGUGCAUUUAUUUCUUCUUCUGUCUUCAUACCCUUUUAUCAGUUAAUGGAAAAGAUAAGAGAGAUCAUUGAUAAAAAGCUGCAGAUUCAUAAAGAGAAGUUAUUACAAGAGGAAAUAAGUUCCAAGAACUCCAAAGAGAAGAAAGUAUCUGAAAGCGUUGAGGUGUUGAAGAAAUCAUUGGAUGAACUCCAGGAUUUUUUAAAGAUCUCCUAUUGCAGUGAUAGCUUGAAAAGAGAGAUUUGUAAUCUUCAAGAUCUGUGCAUUGACCCCUCUGUCUUGUGGGUCCGCACACAAGUAGUUGAAAUUCUAAGCAGUUUACUCUCAUGGGUAGAAGCAGUGGAACAACUACUUCAUGAUGUGGGGAUUGACUUGUCUUGCUGUGACAAAGGAAGAGUCUCCUACAUGAAGAGUCUGCUGAAGAAUAGUCGUGAAACUGUGGGCAGAAUUCAAACAUUGCAGGCCCAAUUACACAAAUUACAGGAAUCCCAGAAUUCUCUGCUACAGGAAAAGCUGAAUGAACUAAAAGUAGAACACGAGAAAGAAUUACAGGAGAAGAUAAAACUAAUACUUUUAGAAAAAGAAGAAGAAAAUAAAAAGAUUCUAGACAGUGCUGUUGCCCAAGAAAAAGGCAAAUUAAAGGAAUCUGUGGAGGAAGAAAAGAGAAAGGUCCAACAUUUGGAAAAUCAGUGGAGACAUCUGAGUGAGAUAAUUGAACUUAAAAUGAAAGAAGAAGACAUUAUAAAUGCCAACCUGAAAGAAGCAGUGGACAGCUUAGAAGAGGCUCAAAAGAGAGAGGUCAUGUUGCAAGAGCACCUGUUGAUGCAGGACAAACAUCUAACACUCAUUCAGGAGGAGAAUGAGUUACUGAAGCAGAAAAUUCAGAAAGAGAUCAUGGAGUAUAAAGAACAGAUCAAGCAACAUUCAGAAACAAUUGUGGCUUUAGAAGACAAACUGCAGGAAGCCACACAACAGCAGGAGAAUAUAGAGGAGGAAAAUGUAGCGCUACGGGAAAAAAUAGAAAUAUUUCAGAAAGAGCCUCAGAAGUCAGCAUCAGCUGUUUCAGAAGAGCAUUCUGACAAUGAAGAGGCCCAUGCACUUCUGAUAGGAGAAUUAGCAGUUGCUCGGAAGGAAAUCCUGUCCAAACAGGCUAUCAUUUUGGGAUUAAAGAGAGACCUCUCAGAAGCCAGAGCCAGAAUGUCGGAUAUGAUAGGAGAACUCAGUGAAAAACAAAAAAUGGAACUGGAGCAGAACCUAAUUCUCGUUAGAAGCCAAGAGAGUGAACUGAACAUGCUUAGAGAGAAGCUAUCUGAGAUGUCAGACCUUGUGGACAAGAAGGAUAAAGACCUGAGAACUUCAGCUGAAGAAUUAAGGUAUGCCAAAGAAAAACUGAAAAAGAUGAAUUAUUCAGCAAAAGAAAAAGAAAGUGAGUUUGUGAAGCUGCCACAAACAGAUUUGCAAGCGAGUACCACCACAAAGGAUGAAAUUGCCAAAAUCCAAAAGAAGCAGACUUUGGACUUGGCUGACCUAGGAGCUAAAUGUAAGGGCCUCAGACACGAGGAGAUCAUUCAGCGCCAAAAAGACGCACUGACUGAGCUCCGAGAGAGAAUCAAGACCCUGGAAAAAUCUCAGUCUUUAACUAUGACAGAGAAGGUUCCUGAGUCACUUAUAGUGCUAAAGAAAGACCUAUCUGAGAAAAUAACUCAGAAAAUAGGCAUAGAAAAGGAACGUGUGCCAUCAUCAGUGAAAAAAGUGGAGGUCAAGCUUCCGUCCCGUUGUCCCCACACAUAUUCAAAUGUAGCCUUAGAGAAGACAGCAAAGUUGGAAACGUCUGAGGCUUUAGACCUCAGUGAGAAGAUGUAUCACAACUUAAUUCAUGCUCUUGGAAAACUGAUGAAUGUGAAGGAGCUGACAAGAGUUCAGUCUGUUAAGCAUCUUUCGCAGGAUGAGAGAGAAAAAGUAGGAAUGCAACGACAGAAGGACCUUGAUCUGCUGUAUGAUAAGAUCUGUAAACUCAAGAGUCGGCUAGAAAGGAAAGAAGAAUUAUUGAAAGCGUAUGAGUCAGACUUUGGACAACUCAGGGCGAAUAAGCUGGCUUUGCAAACUUAUCAGGCUGAGAUGACUAAACUGGAAGAUGAAGUCUAUAGAGAAGCAGAAGAGAAUGCUCUGCUGAAAGAGGCUCUAGAGAGGACACAGUCCCAGCUGAAUCAGGAGAAAAGGUUGAACAGAGCCAUUAAAUUGCAAAAGAGCCAUUUAGAGGAACUGGAGAAGAGAAGUGAAAAGUUGUCAUCGUGUUGCGUCUGUUCACAAAAAGACAGAGCCAGGAAGCCUGGACCCAAAACGAAAUCAUUCCCCGAAAAACUGAAGACAACAGACCAUGUGAUAGAAACAUGUAAGAGGAGAACACUCAGUAACACCACCCCAUAGGCAUUUCUCCUGCAAAAUCCUGUGCUAGGAAUUUGCCAACUACUGUUUGGGUUAGACCUGUUAUUGUAUUGUUCUGCUGAGAACCCAUUUAGCCCUUUGUAAAUACAUGAAAUGCUGCAGUAUGUAUUAAAUUACAUAGGAUUUCUUUUUCUUAAAUUUGUUGCAUUAUGUACUGUAUUGUAUUUUUGCCAUUAUCAGAAGUGUACAGAAAAUGGUCAUUUUAAUACA